AUGCCAGCACACUCGCGCUCCUCGUCGUUCAGCGGUAGUAAUGGUUCUGGUGAACGGCAGCCAGUCCCAGCUACUCUCCGUCUGCAGCGAGCAAUGGAAGCCCACACUGCUCUUCAAGCCAGGACAGUCCAACAGGGUACAGACGAAUCCGAAGAAACACCAAGCGAUGAUACCAGUGCAAGUGUAGAAAUUCCAAUAUCGGCGGCUUCAACCAACGAUCUCGCUACCCAACUGCGUAACCUGUGGCAACGUGAGAAAAACCAGCAUCAAGAGCAAGACAACAACUCCCAGCGAGAUGAUGACAUUGUAUUGCCUGACUUGAAAACGAUGCUACAGAAAAUCGGCCCCCGUGAGAAAGAUGAACUGCUACUUCAUCUUCUGGAGCAACAGGAAACGCUCAGAAGUCAGUGCAACGAGGUGGCAGAGCUUGGAGAGAAAAUUGCUGCGCAACUGAUUCAUCAGCAGCACGAAGUUCGUCAAAAAUACCGCGAACAAAGGAGCAAGUUGGAGGAGCAACUCCACGAAGCUUUGUACUUUAAUCCACAAGUGACUGUCCUCCAAGCAAAGGUAGAGGAGCUUGAGGAAAGCAACCGUGAACACGAACAAAAGCUUCGAUUCGCGGUCCAGAAGCUGCAGCGCAGUCGAAAGCGAGAGAAAGAUCUCAAAAUGAUGAAUGACCCACUGUGGGACUGA